UCCCGGGAGACCCGAGCAAGCUCUGUGACAGUUCGUCGGCCGCCAUGUCAGCGAGUGGGGCAGGAAACAGAGCCGGCGUACACCGGUAGCCCUCCUUUCGCCUCCGAUUCCCAGACAUGGAAGGACUUUAAUGAAACUUGAACGGUUCAACAAAGGAUGCUCUAAUGGAUGACAGCGAAACUCCUACAUAUAACCUGCAGAUAGACCCACAAGAUGGGUGUCAUCCUGGUGACAGUGUGGAAAGUACAGUAACACUCUUGCCUUCUGUGUCAGAUGAAAAUGAAAAUCAACUUGUUGGGGAUGGAUGUGAGUGUCUGACUGGCAGUGACGGCGCAAUGGGAAGGCCUAAAGUGUUUGAACAGGACAGUCUCAACAAUAACGAAAGCUGCAUAUCACACUGUGAGAUGCCUGCAAGUGAGAACUUGGAAAACACUCCUGGUGAAGGUCCCGAAGAUGGACAGGCCUUCUUGGGAAAGGACAAAAUAACAUCUGGGAAAAAAAGCUCAAGAAGCGAAAAAGGCGCUGCUAAGAAGAUACUACCAGGGCUUCCUUCAGGGGAUAGUACACCUUCGAUGCCAGAAAAGACAGUCAGUGCAGCAGCCACAGAGGCAGUCGGCGGUGAGGAGGCUGCUGAAGUAAAUGCUGAUGAGCAGCCAGAGGCUCCGAAGCUGGUUCUGCAGUCUCUGUUUUCCCUCAUACGAGGCGAAGUUGAGCGGUUGGAUUCAAGGGCACUUCCCCUUUGCCUUCACCAGAUAGCAGAGUCCUAUUUCCAGGAGGAAGACUAUGAGAAAGCAAUGAAAUUCAUUCAGCUUGAACGGUUAUAUCAUGAGCAAUUGCUUGCAAAUCUUUCUGCCAUUCAAGAACAGUGGGAAACAAAAUGGAAAACUGUACAACCACAUACACCUGCGUCUCAGAGGAAUUCAGACAAAGGAUUUGAUGGUGAAGAUUUGGAACGCCUUACUACAUUUUGCACAACACAUCAAGACCCGCUUUUAUCCAAACAUAAGAUAGCAGCUGUAGAAAAGUCCCUGGGAAGAAAAUGCUUUACGCAGUUAAUAGUGUCUGAAGAUCCAAAAGAGCGAGUCAAAGAGUCAGGGAGUGAAACUUGUCCCAGCAAGGAACCAAGUGAAGAAAGUCAACAUAAAGGAGAGACCCAGGAGAGCAGCCCCUGCUGUAAUCAGAUGGACGGUCAGGCAGAUUCCUCCAGCCUUCCGGCAACUACAGAGAAAGACCACAUGGAGGAGCCGCUCCUCAGCACUGAAGCCACACUGGAGCACCACACCCAGUCCUCAGAGGCAGCCGGGAGCAGGCCUGGGCCAGACUCUUCUGAGAAUCCUUGCCAGGAUGACAGCCGCUUACAGCUGGCUGAAACAGAGACCUGCAAAGAUGUAGCCAGAAUACAGGGCAUUGCUGAAGACCCUCAGGUGCUCCUUUCCAGUGAGUCAGUGAUAGAGCCAUUGAUUUUACCAGGCUGUGACCACAUACCUCCUGUGUUGAUUUCUGAGGGUAAAUACCCACAGACUGAAAGAAAGGGACUCUUAUUGCCUCCUCAGGAUGCUUCCGAGGCAUUGCCCACAGACCAACUUGAGAACAAUGAAUUAAAUGAGCUGCAGCAACCUGACCUCACCGACAGAGAUGGAAAAUCACCACGGGGUCAGACUGACUCAGAUGGCUCUGAGAGUGAACUUUGUGAAAAUAAUAAAAUAUCUGACUUGAGUACAGUGCUUCCAGAGGUGUAUAUGGCCCCAGAGGAAAAGGGAGAUAAAGACGACCAAGUCAGCAAAGAAACAGAAGAUUAUUUGAACAGCCUUUUAGAAGGAUGCUUAAAAGAUACUGAAGGUUCCCUUUCAUAUGAAGAUAGCCAAGAGGAAGACUCUGAUCUCCCUCAAGAUCUUUCUCCUGAAGAAGCAUCCUAUAGUUUACAGGAGAACCUACCUUCCGAUGAUAGCUGUCUUUCUCUUGAUGAUCUUGCAAAAAGGAUAGAGAUUGCAGAGAACAUUUUAAGAUGGGGAUUAACCGUUGAAGUAAUAUUGUUGUUGUAUUACAACCAACUGGAAUAUCCCUUCUCAAGUCAACGUAAUGUCAGUUUUUCCUAUUCAGGUAACAGCUAAAGGUGGAAACUAUGUCUAUUUAAAUUUUAAAGUUGUCUUUACUGUGAAGUUACUUUUUAUACAUGAUGGAGCCCUUGCCUAAAAUUCUAUUGAUCUAUUAAGUCAAACUGUUUUAAGGACCGGAGAAGCUGUGUGUGAUUAACAAAACUUACUUACUUUGCUAUGCUAACUCUACACAAAUUGUUAAACGCUUACUUUUGGAACACUUACUGUCCCUUCUCCAUUCUGAGAAAUAUGCUUUGAUAAAAUCAGCCUAUCUAUUUCAGGAAAAGAGUCUUUUAAAUUUCAGAACUGAAAAUUGUAAUGCUUAGUGUUCCUUAAAUACUUUAAGAAUGCAGUUUUGGGCUACGAAAAAUGUCCAGGUAAUGGUGUUUGCUUAGAAGUGCAAACUUUUUUUUAAUCCAAACACGAGCUGUUUCUUGCUUUCAGUAAAACAUUAUUAAGGGUAUUCCACAUAUGUGGUGUUGAAAAUAUUACGAGGAAUCGUGUGAAGCUCUUGGCCUUUCUGGGACUCUCUGCAGCCACAGUUGGCUGGUGUUAAUUGUUCUUGAAUUUUUUUUUUUGCUUCCCUACUUUUGUGAACAAGGAAUACAGAACAUAGUUUCUUACUGACUAAACAAUACCUAUCAAGAGUAUUUCUCAGGUGCCGUAACACAGUCAUGCCCUCAGGAGCUGCCGGGGCAUGUAGAUUGUUUGUUUCCACUGCAUGUGCUCUAGUUAGUUUUCUCUGUUCUCUUUCCAAAACGUCUUCGUUUCUCCCAUUAGUGACUCUGCCUCUUACAGGUUUCCUUACUGUUUGUAACUCUUUCUACCACUGUUCUUAGGUCUGCUACCUUCUUCUUUGUUACUUUUUUUCACUAUUUUUUGUCUCUGUACUCUCAUUUUCUUGCCACUUCUCUUGCGUGGGUUCUGGUGGAACCUGGUUUUGAUAACCAUUGCCAGUCCAAGGGAAGCACUUGUUUUGUUUUUUAAAUAGUCAGGUACAUUACACAAAAUGAAAUUGUUUGCACAGAAUCUCAUAGAGAGCUAGAAAUGUCUGUGCUCAUUUAAUUCAUCGAUAGAGCUGGAUGGGUAAAUGAAAUCUUCCUAGGUUUGGGAAGCUUUUUAAAACUCGGAAUAACUUUGCUAAAUAAAGUGAUAGCUUGCUACCUGAGCCAUUGCUGUUUUCUCUUAUGCAAAAAAGAACAGGGUACGUUGUCGUCCAAAGUAUGAUCUUGGCUGUUUUUAAAAAGUAUCAAAAACAUUUCUGCUCAUUUCAUAGGUUUUCAGAGAAGACAAGUUUAUCACUUGGCAGUGUCAGGCAGCAGGUUAGAGAGAGUCACUCAUUUAUUCACUCAUUGAGUAAUUUUGGAAUGCCUUCUAUGGGGGUGCCACUGCGUCACACACAGUGAUUAAAAAUACAGAUCAGGACCUUGCUGCUUGAUGCCUGCAGUCUAACGAUUGUCUGACUCCAAGUGUGUAAUCUAUUUGCUGAAUUUGAGUAUCCCAGUUUUCUGUAAAGAUGAAAUUUUGUUGCAGUACCCAAAAAAUAAUGGCAUGAUUAUUUUAAUGUCGGAACCCUAAUCCCCGUCACCCAGGAAGCUGGUGAUGCAAAUAAACCAUUGACUUGCUGGAUUCGGGAACCUGGGAGGGUUGUAUUGUGUUCCCUUUAAACUCUGCAGCUGUUCCGGGCUGUAGCAGAGGGGAACCUGGGAGGGUUGUAUUGUGUUUCCUUUAAACUCUGCAGCUGUUCCGGGCUGUAGCAGAGGACUCAGAGGGAGGACCUAGCGUCAAAACUUGAGAGAAAAAAUGUGCUGUACAAAUUCAAGGUGGCUUUAUGAUGCAACCUUAUGAUGCUUAGACAUUGACUCAGAACCUACCCUACACUAAUCCUGCCUCAUUAACAUGACAAAGAAAACCCAUUCUCAAAUGGGAUGAUAACCACAGGCCCAGAGGUUAGGAUUUACAACACGUAGUUUAAGGGACACAAUUCAAUCUGUAACACCGAUAUUCAUAAUGUUUGUUCCUUUUCAACGAUUCUGAGUUUUAAAUGAGGGCAGGCUUGAGCAUCGUUCCCCCUGAAGCCCUUUCCAACUGUAAUGUUCUCUUGUUAUUCUCCUAGACUAAAUUGCAACUUCUAAGGAUAGAAAAAAUAUAUAGAGAGAGAGAUCCUAUUAAAUGCAUCUUUUUGUCUCCGAAGCCAACAUAGACCACUCUGAGUAACAGACAGCCAUACACAAUGAGGCUUUUUUUCUUUCCAGUUCACUUAGAAAAAUAAAUAAUUUUUAAGAACAGUUUUAGUUCUGAUUAUUUUAGAGGAAAAGCUAUGUUAUUCUGUCUAUAUAUAAAGGAGCCUGGUGGUGAAGUGAUUAUGUACUUGGCUGCUAACCAAAAGGUUAGCAGUUCAAACCCACCAGCUGCUUUGCGGGAGAAAGAUGUGGCAGCCUGCUUCCGUAAAGAUUACAACCUUGAAAACUCUCUAGGGCAAUUUUACCCUGUCCUUUGGGGUUGCUGUGAGUCGGAAUUGAGUCAACGACAACAGGAUAUAUAUAUAAAUUGCUUAUCUAUGUACUAAUUCAGUCUUUGGGCUGUUUAUUGAGCACCUGCUAUAUUCUAGGCACUGGGAAGAUACCAAUGAACACAGAUCAAGUCUGCUGUCAUGAAGCUUACUUUCAAAGAAGGAGAGACACAUAAUAAGCAAGUCCACAUAAAAAUAAAUAAUAUAGUUUCAGGUAUUGGUAAGUGCUAUGAAGAAAUUUAAACAGGGCAAGGAGAUACAGAGAGACUGAACUGGUGGGCAGGGUGGAAGUGUAGGCUGUUUUAACCAGGAUGUUGAGGAAGGCAUCUGUGCAGUUGGCGGAGCAGCGGGAGGGCCAGCACAAGUGCAACACAGCGGGACAGUGGGGAGCCUCGCAGGAAGUCCAGGUGGAAGAGGGAAGCCAGAGCCAGGUUAUAUCGGGCCUUGUAGGCUAAGGUAAGGGGCAGAAAGUAAAUUCAGACCGUGAUGGGAAGCCGUGAUUUUUUUUUUUUUUUAAUUGUGCUUUAGGUGAAAGUUUACGGCUCAAGUUAAUUUCUCAUAGAAAAAUUUAUACACGUAUUGUUUUGUGACAUUAGUUGCAAUCCCCACAAUAUGACAGCACAGUCCCCCUUUCCACCCUGGGUUCCCUGUGUCCAUUCAACUAGUUGCUGUCCCUUUCUGCCUUCUUAUCCUGCCUCCGGACAGGAGCUGACCAUUUGGUCUCUUGUAUCUAAUUGUAUCGAGUAUUAUGUAUUGACUAUGCAAAGGCAUUCGACUGUGUGGAUCAUAACACAUUAUGGAUAACAUUGCGAAGAAUGGGAAUUUCAGAACACUUAAUUGACCUCAUAAGAAACCUGUACAUAGAGCAAGAGGUAGUCAUUCGAACAGAACAAGGGGAUACUUCGUGGUUUAAAGUCAGGAAAGGUGUGUGUCAGGGUUGUAUCCUUUCCCCAUACCUAUUCAAUCUGUACACUGAGCAAAUGAUCUGAGAAGCUGGACUAUAUGAAGAAGAACAGGGCAUCAGGAUUGGAGGAAGAGUCAUUAACAACCUGCAUUAUGCAGAUGGGACAACCUUGCAUGCUGAAAGCGAAGAGGACUUGAAGCACUUGGUAAUGAAGAUCAAAGACCACAGCCUUCAGUAUGGAUUGCACCUCAACAUAAAGAAAACAAAAAUCCUCACAACUGGACCAAUGAGCAACAUCAUGAUAAACGGAGAAAAGAUUGAAGUUGUCAAGGAUUUCAUUUUACUUGGAGCCACAAUCAACAGCCAUGGAAGCAGCAGUCAAGAAAUCAAAAGACGCAUUGCAUUGGGAAAAUCUGCUGCAAAGACCCUCUUUAAAGUGUUGAAGAGCAAAGAUGUCACCUUGAAGACUAAGGUGCACCUGACCCAAGCCAUGGUAUUUUCAAUCGCAUCAUAUGCAUGUGAAAGCUGGACAAUGAAAAAGGAAGACCGAAGAAGAGUUGACGCCUUUGAAUUGUGGUGUUGGCGAAGAGUAUUGAAUAUACCAUGGACUGCCAAAAGAAUGAACAAAUCUGUCUUAGAAGAAGUACAACCAGAAUGCUCCUUAGAAGCAAGGAUGGCAAGGCUGUGUCUUACAUACUUUGGACAUGUUGUGAGGAGGCAUCAGUCCCUGGAGAAGGACAUCAUGCUUGACAGAGUACAGGGUCAGUGGAAAACAGGAAGACCCUCAACGAGGUGGACUGACACAGUGGCUGCAGCAAUGAGCUCAAGCAUAACAACGAUUGUAAGGAUGGUGCAGGACUGGGCAGUGUUUCGUUCUGUUGUGCAUAGGGUCGCUAUGAGUCGGAACUGACUUGAUGGCACCUAACAACAACAACAACAUCUGAUUGAACUGAGAAGCCUGUGCCUAACGUGUAUUAUUUUUUGUUUUAUAGUCCUGUCUAAUCUUUGUCUGAAGAGUGGGCUUCAGGAGUGGUCUCAGUUCUGGGUUAACAGAGCAUCCGGAGGCUGUAGUUUCGGGGGGGAAAUCCAUGAUUUUGAGCCAGGAGAGUGAUGUGAUCUUGUUUGCAUUCUACGUGCUUCAUGGAAACUAGAAUAUAGGGACGUAGGGACCAAAGAAGGGAGACCAGUUAGAAAGUUACCAUAGUUAUUCAGGUGAGAAAUAUUGAAGGAUAGAAUUCAGGUAGUAGCAGUGAAUAUAGUAAGAUAUAUUUUUGAUAGCUUUAUUGAAAUAUAAUUCAUAUACCAUUCAGUUCACCCAUUUAAAGUAUACAAUUCAGUGAUUUUUAGUAUAUUCAAAGAUACGUGGAACCAUCACCACAGUAAAUCGUUGAACUUUUCAUCACCUCACAAAGAAACCUUGUAUCCUUUAGCUAUCACUCCCUUCCUCUCCCAAGCCCCCAGCCAUAAGUAACCACUAAUCUACUUUCUGUCUGUAUAGGUUUGCCUAUUCUGGACAUUUCAUAUGAAUGGACACAUAUAAUACGUGGUUUUUUGUGACCGGUUUCUUUCAGUGAUCAUGUUUUCAAGGUUCCUUUUAUGUUGUAGCAUAUAUCAGUACUUCAUUCCUUUUUAUGGCCAAAUAAUAGCCCAUUGUAUGGUUAUACCAUAUUUUGUUUAUUCAUUCGUCAGUUGACACCUGAGUUCAUUUUUAUUUAUGAUUGAGUAGAGGUUCAACUUCAUUCUUUUGCAUGUGGCUGUCCAGUUGUUCCGGCACCAUUCGUUGAAAAGACGAUCUUUCCCCAUGGAGUGGUCUGAGUACCCUUAUUGAAAAUCAUUGGACCGUAAACCUAUUCCAUUGAUCUAUAUGUCUGUCCUUGUACGAGUACCACACUGUCUUGAUUAUCAUUCCUUUGUAAAAAUUAUGAAAUCAGAAAGUGUAAGUAUUUUGUUCUUUUUGGAGAUUUUUUUUUUUUUUUUUUUUGGGCUUUUCUGGAUUCCUUGAAAUUCCCUACGAAUUUUAGAAUCAGCUUGUCACUUGACUUAAAGAAGUCAGCUGGGAUUUUGACAGGGAUUACGUUGAACCUGUAGAUCAAUUUGGGGAGUAUUGGAAUCUUAACAAUAUUUAGUCUUCCAGUUCAUGAACAUGCAAUGCUUUUCCAUUUAUUUCUUCUUUAAUUUCUUUCAACAAUGUUUUGUCAUUUUCAGAGUAUAACUUCUAUGCCUUUUUUUUGUUAAAUGUAUUCCUAAAUUGAAAAUAUAUUGUUCAAGGAGAAACUGAGCAUAUAAGAUACAAGAUAUGGUGGCAAGGAGCAGUUUUGGAGGGAAAGAGAAUCAAGAGUUCUGAUUUGGAAUCUACCUAUUUGAACGGUUUUCUGGGGGUUAAAAAGUGAGAAGAUAUCAUGACAUUUCAUUUCUUUUUCCUAUUUUAUAUUUAUCAAAUUGUUGCCUUAGCAAGGAAACACGAGCUGGUACCAAAUCAAACUCUGCCACUUUUGCCACAAGCUUAAGCAAGUUACUUAAGUCCUCUGUGCUUGGUUUUUUCAUCUGUAAAAUGGGGCUGAUAUACGUCUGUAAGAGAAUUGUGAGGGUUAAAUAUGACAUAUGAUAUCCACGUCCUUACAUAAAGUGUACCCAUUCACUGAAUUACAGUAAUUAUAGAACCGAGAUCUAAAGGAGGCAGAGUACCUCAAUUAUUCCUUCAGUAAAGAGUGAUAGUGGUUAGUUUGGAAUGUGCUUCUUCAGUGAAGUCUCUGGCAUCAAGGUAUUUAUAAUAUACUCUUAGGAUGUAUGAAUGUUAAUUCUGAAGUUAGCUGGAAAUCAAGCAUGUGUUCUUGUUCAAAAUUUACCUGACUUUGAGGUUGUUCUGGUUUGAGUAAAGCCUAUAUCAUCAAAGGAAUAUUAUCUGGUGUGCAUUUUCCCUUUAGUUUUUUUGAGAAGGCAUUUCAAGCAGCAAUACCUCUGAAUGUUUUCCUUGUCACGUUAGGUUUUAAUAUGCCAGUAGAGUUGCAAAAUAAUUUUGUUUGCUUUUAAACAGCCAAUUCAUUCUUAAAAUGCUAUUUAAGGUGAUCAUUGAUGUUUGAGGGGAGUUACUAGAAGAACUACUUAUUUGCAAUAUGGAAGACUAGGCCAGGUGGAGUCUUUUGUUUAAUUCUGCAGCUAUUCAUAGAGUAUCACCAGUAACAAUUAUGUAAUUAUAGCUUAGACAUUCUUUUUGCUCUCAGUGAAAGGGCUUGAUAUAUUUUGUUUGGGUAAGGAAGGAUUUUGGUAAUUGAAGUGGCAAACUAAAUUUAGUUUUAAAGCUUUACCUUUUGAGAUUUUUAAAAUGCUUAAGCUUUUAAUACUGACAUUAGGGUUAAAAAACAGCAACAAUCAAAAAAAGAAAAACAAACACAUGGACAAUGACUUUUAGAGAAGUUUGGAGGAGACACAUUUCUGUAUGCCCUAAAUCAACUUUCCGACUUAUUUAGAAACACUUAGCAGGCUUUUGAGUGAGACCCUAAACCAAGACUGUGAUGCUUUUUGGCUCACUUGUCCUUCUACCAUAGAAUUAGGACAAACUCUACCAAAGUUGUUUCUUAAGCUCUUUAUGUUUCGCUGUUCUGACGUGGUAAGUAGGAGCUUCUGUGCUAUGAAGAGGUGCCAGGACCUCUGCCCAAAACCCUCCCAAAAACAGACCAGACGAAUUGUCAUGUCUGCCAUACCCACCUACCUCCUGAGAGUUUCCUCCGUGGCUUCGUCUCUUGUGCUUAACCUUGGCCCUACCACCCACGUCCUCCGUCUAUAAGCAAAUGUAACCAAAGGGCAGAUACAAAAGAAACAGAAAAACCUAGAGAAGAUCCCUGAGCAAGACUGAAAGGAAAUAUUGGAAAGAACAUAUUUCCUCACAGCAGUCUCUGGGGCAGGCCCUGCUUAAACAAAAGGUUUUUGGUGAGAAAGAAAAGAAAAAGGAAAUAUAUACAGGGUGGUGUUAGAUUUUUACUGAAGAAUUAAGGAAUGAAGAGGUCAAAGCAAAGUUUUGGCCCAUCCCACCCAACUGUAAUUUCUCAUACUCUGCUGCUUCUUGCUUUCAAGAAGUGUAUAGGUUUAUUGUCAUCUGUAGCAAAUAAGGUGGGGGCCACGUGAUAAGUCUUCUACCCCCUUACAACAUGGCUUCCAGAGCAGGAGCUAAGGCAGGGGUCUAACAGCUGCUGUGCUCGGAGUACCUUCUAGGUCUAGGAGGCACACUCUGUGCCGUUCCUGAUGACCUCAGUAGUUUCUCUCAGUCUUUCAAUAUCCAUUUAUUUGUACUUGCAGUGUUUCCUGAUUGAUGAUUUGUAUCUGUUCCUAGAAUUUACGGGUUCAGAUUCCUAUCACAGUGAUACUCAUUUCACAGUAAUGCCACUCUGGGGCUCCUCCUGGGAUCUCUUCUUUAUAGGAUUGUUUUCUAAGUAGUUAAAGCAACUUGAAAACUUCCAUGGUGUUUAAAUUCACCGUUGGUAAAUGUAUGACUUAAUUUUAUGGAGAAAAUAGAUAGUGAAUGAAUCUAUGAAAACCCCGUAUUUUUUUUCCUUUUGUUAAAAAUAGAGUAUCAGUGAUACAUCUUUAGUAGUAAUAUACUCAUUAAAGCUAAUUUCCAUUGCCCUGCGCUUACAAACUUAUUAGAACGCCCUUCCUUUUCAGUUUCAGCAACGUGCUUAGAAAAUCAUGUUUAUUUUUUGCAUAAUCAUACGAAGGGGCUCUUAAAUGAUCCUGCUACUUUUUAAAUGAAGAUUUGAAAAGCUAUUCUUGUCCGCAUUUGUAUUUACCAUUUUAAUGUCACUAUUUUAAAGUACUUUAGUUUUCUCAGAACACAGAGAUCAUCUGAAAUUCAUAUUUCCUAUAAAAAGAAUAAAUUGCUGACUUCUUAUUGAUUUUUUUUUUUGAGAUAAUGGUUUCCAUAGACCCAUGUUCAUGGAAGCCCAAGCCUGUAUUGAGUUAUUUAGCCCUAAAAGCCUGGAGUUAUAAAAAGAGCUAAUAGAAUCUGCAAUAUUUAUGCACAGCACAUUAUCAGAGAUGGCUGGCUGAAAAUGGAAAUCACGUGAAGUAUUUUAUGCCAUCGACCAGAUAAGUGACAUCAGAGGCAGUCCUCAGCAAGUCACUGACAUCUGCAGUGUUAGGCCCACAAUGCCCCACCUAUGUCAUCACCAGCAGCUUAUGGCAAGCAGCAACUCACAAGUUAACUUCUAUCAGUCAGUCUGCUACUUAGGGGCCCUUCAUAAGGCCCCAGCUUACCAGCCUGGCUCUACCAACUGAUCUUUUCUUUCUCUCUGCACCUCGGAGUCUCUU